GAGCAGACCAAAGUUCACCAAAAGUUGACUCUGACUUUCUGGCCAAUCUUAGCCUUAGAGGCGGGGGAUAGAAAAUGUGCAAGAUGACACAUGUGUGUUUCAGUUGCUCCGAGGAGAAGCCGAAGUCAGCAGGGGCAGUCUAGUAGGGAAGAGAGAUUUUUGAAAAGAUGGUUUCAAUUAAAUCGCCGUCUCUGGUGCCGGUGUCCUGCCCACAGGCUCUGCUCGGUGUGGGCUGUUUGGCUGUCGCCCUCCUCGCUUUCCUGCUGGUUCGCCAGCUCGUCAAGCAGAGACGACCCCCGGGGUUUCCUCCUGGUCCAUCUCCCAUCCCUGUGAUAGGGAACAUUCUGUCGCUGGCCACCGAGCCGCACGUCUUCCUCAAGAAGCAGAGUGAAGUUCAUGGACAGAUUUUCAGUCUUGAUCUGGGAGGCAUCUUGACUGUGGUAUUGAAUGGAUAUGAUUGUGUCAGGGAAUGCCUUUACCAUCAGAGUGAGGUGUUUGCUGAUCGCCCAUCGCUGCCUUUAUUCAAGAAAAUGACCAAAAUGGGUGGCCUUCUUAAUUGUAAAUAUGGCAAAGGCUGGAUCGAACACCGUAAACUGGCUUGCAACUCUUUCCGUUACUUCGGCAGUGGCCAGAGACUGUUUGAGAGGAAGAUCUCGGAGGAGUGCAUGUUCUUUGUUGAUGCCAUCGACGAACACAAGGGAAAGUCCUUCAACCCCAAACACCUUGUGACCAACGCUGUGUCCAACAUCACCAACCUGAUCAUUUUUGGGCAGCGUUUCACUUAUGAUGACCGCAACUUCCAGCACAUGAUUGAGAUAUUCAGCGAGAAUGUGGAGCUAGCAGUGAGCGGCUGGGCCUUCCUCUACAAUGCCUUCCCUUGGAUUGAGUAUGUGCCCUUUGGAAAACACCAGAAGCUGUUCCGCAAUGCUACUGAGGUUUAUGACUUCUUACUGCAAGUUAUAAAGGGGUUUUCACGAGGCAGGGUGCCACAUGUACCGCGUCACUACGUCGAUGCCUAUUUGGAUGAGCUGGAGCAGAAUGCAGGGGACCCAAGUUCCUCUUUUUCCUAUGAGAACCUCAUCUAUUCAGUUGGUGAGCUCAUUAUUGCUGGCACAGAGACCACGACUAACACCCUGCGCUGGGCCAUGCUGUACAUGGCCCUCUACCCCAACGUACAAGAGAGGGUGCACAGAGAAAUCGACAGUGUGCUGGGCAGUGGGAGGGCACCCACUUUGGAGGACAAACAGAAGAUGCCCUACGUGGAGGCUGUUCUGCACGAGGUCCUUCGCUUCUGCAACAUUGUCCCACUUGGUAUUUUCCGUGCCACCUCCCAGGAUGCAAAAGUCAAUGGGUACACAAUUCCUAAAGGGACCAUGGUGAUAACAAACCUCUACUCAGUGCACUUUGAUGAGAAGUACUGGAACGAUCCAGGUGUUUUCUCACCACAGAGGUUUCUGGACAGCAAUGGCAACUUUGUGAGGCGCGAGGCCUUUCUUCCAUUCUCCUUGGGGAGGCGUCAUUGCUUAGGUGAACAACUGGCCAGGAUGGAGAUGUUCCUCUUUUUCACCACUUUGUUACAGAGGUUUCAUCUUCAGUUCCCUCCAGGAAGCGUUCCCACUGUCACUCCUAAACUGGGCAUGACGUUACAGCCCAAACCUUACUCCAUCUGUGCUGUCCGCAGGCAACAGAAAGUUCCCUGAUCUGGAGACACUCCUUAUCACAAGUAGGCAAGCAGGCAUUUAUUACAGCUUGUUAAGCCGUGCAAGCCAGAAUUUUACUAUUUUGCACAGCAAUGCAACCACAUGAUACAGGUGCAUAAAACUGUAUCACUGGAUUGUAACGUCCAGUUCUGGUGCAUUCCAGUUUUUCCCAAGGACUUUCAGUGACCGACGUGCCUCUACAUAUGAGUGUGUGAUCCAGUUUAUUCAAUUACUAUCAAAUUCUCUUAGUGAGCAGUAUGCAUGUUUGCACAAUACCUUUUAAGCAGCAGGGGAGGCAACAGGACUCUGUGUUGAAAGGACAUCCUGGGAGCACAAUUGUGAUAUCGAUUUACGUCUCUGUAGCUCAGAGUUCCUCUGAGCCCAGAAAAUGACAUGUCUAUGAACCUUUGUGCGGUAGUGAUGGGUUAGUUAUAUGUCAAUGAUUGAUAGUAAGUACACCUAUGAUGGUUCAUAGCCCUGCCUUCUCGGGACAGCUUCAGGUCAGACUAAUGACACCACAAACACGUACGUGUGGGGCAAAACGGAACUAACACACUUUCCAAGAAAGUUCUGAACACUGUGUAUUGGAGCUGGACAUGGGCCAAGAUUUACGCCAUCUGGACUGACUCUGACCCCUUCUCCAGGGAUAGUGCUCUAUGGAAAACCUCUCUCUUAGAAGGCAAAUGCAACCCCUGGUGGAUUUCUAGAAACUGACUAUGCAACACUGGUGCUUAUCAGUAUUACAAAGUGCUGCAUUUAUGUGUAAGCUUAACAUUUGUUUGUCCUUUUUUUUUGCAAUACUGAUGGUAUUUCUUAUAUUCAUAAAGUCU